AUGACCUUAGCACAUGAGGUUUCGGCCUCAGGAGGGUUGAGGGUCCUGGAAGAAGAGUCAGAAGGUCUCGUUCGAUCUCCUACAGCUGAAGAAAAGACACUCAGGGCAGCAGAAGAUCCAUGCACUAACGAGUCUCCAGUUCAAUCAGACAGCUCAGCAGUCUUACUCGCCACAGCCAAUGCAGUAUUACUUUCAGACUACUCUCAGCUUCCAGUAAGACUCCUGAUAGACUCAGGGUCUGAGCUGACGUUCAUCUCAUCAAGUGUGGUAAAGACUUGUCAUCUCCAACGUCGUCCAUCAGUAAUAUCAGUGCUGGGAAUUGGUAACGAACCAGCUGUACAAACCAGAGGAGUGACAACAGUGACACUUAGAUCAACUCACACACAGGAGCAAGUUACAAUUAAUGCUCAUAUCCUCAAAUGUGUCACUGGUACUUUACCAACCAGACAACUCAAGGAACUCAACUGGUCAGCUCUCAACUCUCUGCAACUUGCUGAUCCGGACUACUCAACUCCAAGACACAUUGACAUCUUAAUAGGAGCAGACUGUUAUGGUCUGAUUGUGAAAGCGGGCAUCAAACAAUGUCCGCAGUCAUCUCUAAUAGCCCAAGAGUCCAUCUUUGGAUGGAUGCUCAUUGGAAGUCCACACCCGACAAGAUGCUCAAGUCAGAGAACUCAUCACGCAGCAAGGGUCAACUCAUACCAGCAAGUAUCUGAUCUCUUGACAAAAUUCUGGGUUCAAGAAGAAGUUCCAGAUACUUCAGCCAGCCAACUCAGCCCAGAUGAUCAAUCUUGUGAAGAUCAUUAUGUUACGACUCAUUCAAGAGAUCACGAUGGGAGAUAUAUUGUGAGAAUACCACUCAAAGCAUCACCAUCUCUGCUAGGCAACUCAUCAGCGAGAGCUCAUCAGUGUUUACUACACAUGAUCAGACGACUCACAAAAAAUGACUCAUAUGCACAACUCUAUCACAACUUUAUGCAAGAAUACGAGUCACUGAACCACAUGACACGAGCCAAGGCAAGUCCAGUCAACUCUCCAGUGUAUUAUUUGCCUCAUCAUGGUGUCUUAAGAGAAGACAGUGUUACUACAAAGCUUAGGGUAGUAUUUAAUGGCUCUAGUCCAUCUUCUAGUGGUCUAUCAGUGAACGAUAUUCAACAUACUGGUGCCAAAGUCCAGAAAGACAUUGCAGACGUACUCAUUUGGAUCAGGCAGCAUAAAUUUGUGUUCACAUCAGACAUCACCAAGAUGUACAGACAAAUCAAAGUCCACCAAGAUGAUUGGGAUCUCCAGAGAAUCCUGUGGGUGGACGAGCACUCCAAGAUCAUCCCAUAUCAACUCACAACAGUCACGUAUGGUACCAGAUCAGCUCCAUUUCUGGCUGUUCGCACAAUGAUCCAGCUAGUGAAGGAUGAGGGUCAUAAGUUCCCUCUAGCUGUUGAUCCACUACUAAAAGGAAGAUAUGUGGACGAUAUUUUUGGAGGUGCUGACACCACAACUCAUCAGAAGAGCAGAUCCACUCAUUUGAGAGCAGCAAAACGAAAUUACUUGGGCUCUCGUGGAUUCCAGCGAACGACUCAUUUAAGUUCAACUCAAAACCUCCUCGUGAGAAGUCCAAGCUCACAAAGAGAAUAA